AUGAAGUACACCGUACUCCGUUCGGACCAAACACAGCUUAGCCCGAGACGACCCGAGCCAGCACAUGACAUCAUCCAGGAACUGCCGCCUAAGCUAACUCCAGUUCUUCCAACUUCCUCCAUUCCACCUGCCUCUAUCACCACAACACCCUCAAUUACAAAUAUCCAAACCGUCAAGAUGUUCCGCUUCAGCAAAACCCUCGACCCAAUCACUCUCUUCCACUCCCCCUCCAUCCAAGCAUCCACUAGAACCCUCAACAUCCUGAAGCAAGCUUCCUCAACCGCUAGCGAAACCGCCACAGAAGACCAGGCUAGCGACCACUCCACCCACGCAAAGCAACAGCGCGACCAGCUUCGCAGUAUCCUCGACUACAUCUCGCCCGUCAGCGGUGUUGGUGGUCCGGGCGAAAAGGUGACAUAUGGUGUUGCGGAGCUGGUGAAGGGCGCCCGCGAUGCGGAGGAUGCGCUGAAGAAGUUCAAGGAGAAUAACGAGAACUUCGUGAGGCCUAUCACCGUUGACUGGGUGAAUGGCCGCGCUGUCAUUGGAGACAACCAGUCCGAGAUCCUGCGCAUGGUGCGCCAGCUUCCUGCAAACUAA